CCCAUCACAUGGCAUUAAUCGCCAUCGUGUCGAGGGUCGUCAUCGUCGCCGCUGCCGCCGCCGCAGCCGUAGUCAAGUCGAAACCAGUGUCUCACGAGCAUACACACUGGUUGCAAGCCGCGAGCGACGAGCGUGUGCGUCUUAUUUUUCAGUUGAAUUUUUCAAUCGUAUCGUCUCGUCCGGCCGCCGCCACCGUCGUUCGCGAUAAUAAUUGUAGUUCUACGCGUGAGUAGUACCGUUGUAUCGACGAGAGUCCCUCGCGCGUUCUCGUGCGCGACAGUUAACAUUAAUAAUUUUAUUCUAUCGUUGGCAACGAUCAACCGUUUAUUCCUUCCGCCCCAGCACCCUCCCCCCACCCACCGGGCGCCGGCCACGUAGUUUGACGUUCUGGUCGUCGAGUUUUAUCUGUUCGCAAACGCAAUAGCUAUUAUUGGCGCUAUCGCGUUCGCACAAUCGGAACCGCGUGAUAAUGGUUCCCAUCCGGACGAACGCGUGCCGAAGCCGAACACCGCGGCCGCAGCGAGUACAACGGUUACGAUGAACACUACCGGUGGUCGCUGGGCUGCAGGUGUCCUUCCCCGGAUGGACAGCGUCGUUCUAGGUGUCGUCGCGGAACUCGGUUUCGGGUAACGAUCAGCGAUGAUGAUUUGACGCCCGAAGACGUCUACGGAAGACGCCGCCGAUCUGUUGCAGUCCGCGCAAUUGGACCCGGCCGCCGCAUCCGCAGGGGAGGAAACGGUAUGGCCGGGGGUUGAGUGGGCGUCAGUACGGGGUUCAAUGGAUUGGUGCGCAGGUGGCGAAGAUCUGCUGGGCGACCCUACGCUGCUAGUGGCUGCAGGUAUGUUGCACGGGCCAACGCAAUUCUGCACAGACACUUGCUGUACGCCCGGACUGGAACAGCCCAACGAGCACACGGUUCAGUUCCAGCAGCCCGCGAUCGUCACAGUCGGUGGUUCUUACAGUAAACCGUGUGGAGAUAUGGCUGACGUGUUGUUGUCUUUGAAACACACCGUACCAACACCACAAUCCUCUGUAGGCGAACACCAACAACAUGACCAAUCUUACGCGUUGACAUCUAAUCAAAACGAUGAUUCGCAGCCAUUAGUCGAUUAUGGUAGUUCGUACGGUGACCAGACGUGCUGGACUACACUUGGCGGACACCAACAGCAACAGGUCCAGCAACAUCAAUUUCCUAGCAUGAGCGUGAACGUCAGCAUGAACAUGACCAUGCAUGGGUACACUCCCAUCCAUGGAGAUGCGCAGUUCGGAUGUCAACCGGUCGGAUGGACUCUGCCGGCAUCACCAUCGCCGGUGCAUCACCACCACGGUUCGGCGCACCACCAUCAAGGGCUAAUGAGUCCGCUGGUUUCCAUGGGCCCCAGCUACUCGUCGGGCGCCACGUACUCCUUCACGGCGGACUUCCGACCACAGGACCCUGCGCCACUACCGCCGGGGACGUUCGCGUGCAACAUUCAGCCGGCGUCCUCGUUGCCGGUCGACGACGACUGCAAGGAUCGGAAACCCUGCACCGAAAUCCUUAUGUCAGCGAGCGGCGGAGUCUGCGGCGGCAUCGGAGUGGACUGUUCACCGGUCAGCUCGGGCGCCGCGGCCGUGGGCGAAGACGGUUGCCGGCCGAACCUGUGCCGGAUUUGCGGCAAGACGUACGCGCGUCCCAGCACGCUGAAGACCCACCUGCGCACGCACUCGGGCGAAAAGCCGUACCGGUGCGACGAUUGCAACAAAUCGUUCAGCCAGGCGGCCAACCUGACGGCACACGUGCGCACGCACUCCGGCGAAAAACCGUUCCGGUGCCAGAUAUGCGACCGCCGGUUCUCGCAGUCGUCGUCCGUCACCACGCACAUGCGCACCCACUCGGGCGAGCGACCGUACCGGUGCCGGUUGUGCAAGAAAGCGUUCAGCGACUCGUCCACGCUCACCAAACACCUGAGGAUACACUCGGGCGAAAAGCCGUACCAGUGCAAGCUGUGUCUGCUCCGGUUCUCGCAGUCCGGCAACCUGAACAGGCACAUGCGCGUGCACAGCGGCAUGAACGGCGCGGACAUACUGCUGCCGGUAUGACGGUGGCGGACGUGCACUACCGACGACGCCGCCGGCCACCAUCAUCGUCCCUACCGCCAUCAUCACCACCAUCACCAUCACCACCAUUACCGCGACCGCGACCACCAGCUGCGCGACGAGCCGACGACACCCGUGCGCGAUCACCGCGAUCGCAACCGCGGCGGUGGUUGUUACCACGGUUACGGCUGCUGCUGCUACUGCUGCUGCUGUUGCAACGGCGGCGGGGGCGGCGAAUGCGUGGUCAAACCCGAACAACCGUGAGCCCGCGUGGCGACGGUCUGCGCGCGAAACACGCUUCACCCAAACGAUCGACGGCGGCGUCCGAACGCCCGCGUGUACGGUCCAGUGUUCGUAGCGAUCCGCGCGCAAACCCGUUCGUGUACGAUCGUGCAGAACGCCUACCGAAAAGCGCCGACCGAGCAAGCUCACCGAUCUCCAUGACGCGCUCCGUAUUCCGGUUCGAUUUGGUACCGGUGGUGCGCGUACGCUACCCCGUAGCGCACUUCACACCGUAUCCGUGUGGACGGCCACGCGUUACGGAUGUUUGAAAUCGAUUACGAUUACAUUCGCGACUACGGUCCCGCCACACGCACAGAUACCGCGAUUGUUUUGCAGGAGUACAUUCAUUGCGUUACGUGACCAUAUCGAUCGCCCGACAAUUACACCUAUUGUUACGCGGACGUCACCGUCUCGUUCGUCUGCAAACCGUUUUCGGUUUUCUUCCCCUUUCCAUAUAUCUCCGCCGCACUUCCGUGUAACCAAAAAUUACUACGAACCAUAAUAGGUGACGCGACCCAACGGCAGUGAACCGUCAACGCUAAACCGAUAACAGGCAAAAGAAACCAUGUACGUCACUACGCGUUGUGCACUGCUGAACUGUGCAACACGCGUAAAACGUCGCCUCGGAGUUCGCGCGCAUUCCGAUCGCGGGAACGCAGUUGAAACGAAUACUUGUAAUAAUCAUUUUCCAGAUGUGAAAAUACCGAUUGCCAUGACCGUAAAUUCAAUAGCGUUGACAUUUUUCGUUUAACAGGACACCGUAGCACACUCCUCUUCGUGACGUCCUUUCCGUUAAGCGUUUUAUUUCCCAACGCUAUUCCCAUUGAUCGUGACAUGUACGUGGACGUGUGUGCGCACGCUGUAUGUACACGGUGUCAGGCUUACAUUGUACAUACGUCGACAUAUUUAAUAUUUAUAUGUAUAUAGAUAUAUAUGUAUACUAGGCAAAAACCGUUUUUUUCAGCACAAUACGACGUAUAACUAUUAUAUGCGAACAUAAUCGUCGAAGUGAGCACUUUUGAAAUAAGUUCAUACAUAUAUUUAUAUAUAUACGUAAUUUUUUCAUAUAAUAUAAAUAUAUUAAUAUAUACUUACUGUUAAUAGUAUAAUGUCGUAGUUUAAGAGAGAAACUUCGUAUUUGCCACGCGUACGUAUUGUUACAGGUGGUAUGUUUAAACACAUACAUCCAAUAUUAUAGAUGACAUCGUUAACGUCAAUAUUAGUCUUCGUUGUACCAUUUGAAUCAUAAAAAAAUGUAAUUUCUUUAAAUUUAGAAUUUUGUUAUAGAAUCGAUUGAUUAUAGAAUUCGUAAUGAUCUUAUUAUAAGUUAAACUCUUCUGGUCUCUAUCGUCAACUUCAAACCGAACCAUUUUGACGUUUUAAGCAAUUUCCAAGACAACAAAUUUUACAAUAUUCAAGUAAUGGAGUAUGAUUCUAGUCUCGCUCGUUGUUUUACAGUUUCUAAUCAAUUAAACAUUCCAAAAAUUUAAUAAUAAUUAAUAUAAUUAUGAAACAGAAUUUCCAACAAAGAAAUUUUUCAAUUUUAAUUACCAACAUCAACUUGAACUUAAAUUCAUAUAUCUCAUAGUCAUGCUUGUAUUAUAUAAUGUUAUUAAGAAAUUUCAAAAGCUUAUGCUAUUUUUCUGAUAUGUAUUUUUGUCUUCGAGUUUAUAGAAGUAGUUUCUCUCUUUUACUGACAAAAUUACUUUUUGUUCUAGACGAGCUCAUAAUUUCUAAAAUAUAAUUACAACUUAAGUAAAUUCAUAA